CCCCACUGCAUCCGCACGAGGCGAGGACAAAGAAGAACAUGGGCAACAGCCUGCGCCGGGUCGCGACCUCCUCGGGGCGUACCGGCCUCACGUACCGCGAACGGAAACAUGUGCGCGACACCUGGCAAGCGUUUUGUCGCGCCAAGCCCGACUACGGGGUGCUGAUUUUCGUCGAGUUCUUUCAACGGUACCCCUCUUACCUGCAACUGUUCGAGCCCUUCGGAGACCUGCCGCUCAAGGACCUUGUCUGCAACCACAGGUUCCGGGCGCACGGUUCCGCCGUCGGCCACCAGUUCACGGCAGUGGUGGACACGCUCGAUGAACCGGAUGUGAUGAUUGAGCUGAUCCGCAAGAAUGCAGUCAAGCACGCACUGAAACCCGGCGUCAAGGCCGAACAUUUCGAGAGCCUGCUGCACGUGAUGCUGGAAACCAUGCAGACGCGCUGCCCCGAACACUUCACGCCGGACGUCGUCGUCGCGUGGACAAAGCUCUUCGACGUGGUGAUGACCGUAACGAAGCCAGCGUUCAUCGGGACCCCUCUACCCGAACAGGCGACGGGGCCGAGCCACGAAGACAUCGGCGACGCUGUGCGGGACACAGGCGGCGACUGCAGCAGCGGAACGUUCUCGCAGAUGUGCACGGCGGCCAGUUCCAAGCGUGCCUCGUCGGCCAGCGAGUUCACGGUGGCGCCCAGCAGCGUCAGCCUGCCCACGGUGCCGGUCGGCAUCAAGCAGCCCUCCUACCGGCCGCCGGCGCGCAGCGAGUCGCAGAGCACCGACGUCGCAGACGCCGUCGACCUCCACGCACGGCCCUGACGCUUGGCCCUAGUGGCUCAAACAAGAUCGGGCUUCUUCGACGCACCCAGUGCUGCCUGCAAUUCUGUCCCUCGUCACGCACGCAUGCACCUCCUUUUGCAUCUUGCGGCUGUCCCAUGCGCACAGCCUUCGGCGCGUCCAUGCGCAGUAACGUCAGGUUUCCGGGCACUCGCGAUAACGAAUGUGCAGAAAUAAAAACCCAAUGUUUCGAU